AUGGCCAUCCCCAAGCAACCCCUCAACGAGCUCAUGCAGACCAUCAAAGCCAACAUCACAAGGUAUCGCACACAACAAGCAUCUCUCCCCGAAUCGGCCAACUGGCACCUCAAACGAACGACUUCCACCGACCUCACCUCUACAAUCAUGGCCUUAUACGAAGAGCCCGAGAUCGAAUACACGACGCGCACCGCCGACCAGGAAGUCUGCGCCGUCGAGAUCUGCCCCGACCACCCGGAAUACAUGAUCAUCGGAACCUACUCGCUUGUCAAGAAAGACGACCGACGCGACUACGAAGCGCAGACACGCCGAGGCACGAUCCAAGUGAUGCCGGUCGCGGCGACCUUCAAGCCGAAAUACGCCGGAAUGCUCGCGCCGCAGCUCGACCGGGUCGCGUUCCCCUGCGCCGUGCUUGAUCUGCACUUCCACCCGGCCGACAGCACGCUGCUGGGCGUCGCCACGAGUAAUGCGCAAAUGCAAUUCUUCCGCUUCGUCAAGCACGGAGACGUGCUGGGCAGGCGGGUGAUUACGAAACUGCUACCUCUGGGCGUCGCGACCGUCGCGGAAGCGGACGAACAUGGCCUCGUCCCGCUCGUCACGCAGUUCACUUGGUUCCCGGAGACGCGGACGCACGGGGUAUCGGGCAUCAACGAUGUACAGGAGAUAGUGUUCGCCGUGACGACCUCGCUGGGAGAGACUAGAGUGGUCCACACAGCAGUGCCUGCGAUCAGGGGGUUAUUUGACCAGCGAUUGUCAACACAGUCCUCCGAGCCGUUGGCCGUUAAGGCGGUCGAUGUCCAUAAACAUGAUCUUGAAGCGUGGACCGUUGCAGCAGUGCCCCUUGGCUAUGAUGUGUUGGAUGAUGGAAGUCAUGACGCGACAUUGCAUCGUCUGAUUCUUAGUGGUGGCGACGACAGCGCGUUGAUUGCCUCGAUGGUCGAAAUGCCUGCUCAUGCUCCUGAUUCGUCUGGUCCUUCGGAGCCGGAUGAGGCUGCGACGGAUAUCACGCCUCUUUGGAAAGAUCGACGUAGCCAUACGGCUGGCGUGGUCGCUAUUCUUCCACUCCCACGCCUUCAGGCUGCUGAUGACAACAACUCCAGUCCCGGACCCGGUCCUGGAGGCAGACAAGAUGCCAGCACCAUCGUACCUCUGGUCACAGGGAGUUACGAUGAGUUCAUCCGUGUCUACGAGCUCGAUGUCGACAGGCACCCGCACCGCGCGGCGUUCCAGACCGAACUACGACUCGGCGGCGGUGUAUGGCGACUCAAGGUCCUCGAUCAAUAUAGCGACAUCUCCAGCAUCGACGACUCCGCCAGCACCAACAACACCAAUAGAAGCACCAACACCCCAUCUUCUACUUCUACUUCUAUUCAACCAAACCCACAGCACUACCAUAAUCAUCACACCCUCGUCCUCGCUUCACUCAUGCACGGUGGCGCCGCCAUUCUUCGCCUGACACGCACUCACUGCAUGUCCGUGACUUCACCACAUUCCCACACGAACACGGCAAACCCCAGACCAACACGAUCCUCGCCACAACCCGCCGAUUCAUGGACGAUAACGCCCCUCGCGACAUUCCGCACCGGCCACGAAAGCAUGGUCUACUGCUGCGACGCGUGGCUCGAGGAACCCAAGACCUACACCUACACGAUCGUCAGCACGAGCUUCUACGACAUGAAGAUCUGUACGUGGAAAUAUGUGGAUCGGUUCAAGGCGGAUAUCUUUCAGAAUCGGAAUCAGGGUCAGGGGUGA